AUGGCCUCUGCGCUAGCACUAGCGCCCCAGACAAAGAAACGACAGAGGCAGUAUGCCCCUGAGCAGGCUGCCGCGUAUUCGGGAGUCGAUGCGGGUGGCCUGACCCAACAGAUGGACGCUCUUUCGAUGGACAAUACCAACAGCCAGCCUGUUGCCAAGCUAUUGUUCCAUGAAGACCUGUCACCUCCUUACACGCAUGUCGACCUGCUCUCCUACACGCCAGACCCUGCUGACCUCAUCAUCACCCACCCACCUUUGUCUCCCCCGCUGGGCUCGACUAUCAGCCCUGCCACCAUUGACCUUGCGCGUCGGUACCAGACGCCGACGCUGUCGUCCGUCCCCGUCAGCGACACCGUCCUCAAACAAACUUCCCUCCCGCUGGCGCUGACUAUCACGCCGCACCCCAGCAUUCACAACGAAGAGCUGCCCCUGCCACUGGCAGCGCCAGACGGCGUCAUUGCGCGGUGCCAGCAAUGCCUCGCAUACAUUAACCCGUAUGUGCGGAUUGUGGACUUUGGGACAAGGUGGACUUGCUCACUAUGCGGGACAGCGAACACCAUCCCCGCCGAGUUUGGCUUUGCGGGCCGGCCCGCCGCAGAGGUCUAUGCCUCACGCGUGGAGCUUACGCAUACCGUUGUCGACUUUGCGGCGACACAGGACUAUAGCCGGGCCCCACCUCAAGCGCCCGCGUUCGUAUUCCUGCUGGAUGUUAGCGAGGCGGCGAUACAGAACGGACUGUUUGCGCUGGCGGCACAGACAAUUGCGGAUUUUCUCCGACUCGGAGCUGAUGGACUGCCGAAUAAGCAGCAGCGAACGCGGGUAGCGAUUAUGUGCUAUGACUCUGUGCUACAUUUCUUCAAGGUUACUCCAGAGACAUUCGGUCUCCUGGUUGUUCCCGACAUAACGGAAACCUUUCUACCACUCGCGCAUCCCGACGUCCUUGUGAAUAUAUCCCAAGAUGGUGUCCGGGACACACUCCUGCGACUUUUGGCGCAGCUCCCCUCCUUUUUCCUCCCCGGGAGAGGAGAGGAUAAGAGCGCAACAGGAGUGGCUAUAGACGCAGCAAGAGAACUAUUGGCAUCGGCAGGGGGCGGCAAGAUCGUCCUCGUUGCUGCAUCGGCCCCGCACGUAGGCCGCGGAGCGUUGGAAGACUCUAUGAAGACGGAGGAGACAAAAUCCGCGGCAACGUUCUACCACGAUCUUGCUGCGGCGUGUGUAAACGGCUGUGUCUCUGUCGACCUCUUCCUCGUCGGGCCACGCUAUACGGCACUGCCGUCACUAUCGCUAUUGCCGCAUUACACCGGCGGCCUCACGAUGUAUUACCGCGAUCUGGGCGACAAGACGAAGUUCUCGGUUGAGCUGGGCCGGGUGCUGGCGUUACCUUGCUUCUACGAGGCGGAGAUGCGGGUACGCUGCUCCCGAGGAAUCUCCGUCAAAGCCAUGUACGGUGAUUUCUUCUUACAAGCAUUCGACCGCGCCGUCUUUGCGAGCUUGCCGCCGGAUCGUGGCUACGCGGUUGAAUUACAGAUCGACGGGCGUCUAGCCGGCCCGCUUGCCGUUGUUCAGACUGCGCUGCUGCACACGACGACCGAUGGCCAGCGGGCCAUCCGUGUGAUCACCAGUGCGCUACCAGUGACACACCUGGCAGCGGAGGUCCUCGCCAGUGCAGAUGCUGGCGCGGUUGUUGGGCUCAUUGCGAAGCGGGCUGUGCAGCGGAGGCCCAUUGGGAGUGAUGACGACCUGCGAGACCGGGUGCUGGACAAGGUGCUGGAGAAUAUGUGUCGGGCGUAUGCCCAGGAGAUGCGGAACGGGGCGGAGAUGCAGCUGCGGCUGCCGAGCAACUUACGCAUGCUCCCGACGUUGUUGUUGAGCCUUUACAAAAAGCUCUCGACGCAGGGGCGACUCGCCUCAGAGCAGGCGUUUGACCUCGCCGGGUAUAUUCGCGCCACGAUGUCCUCGGCGUCAUUAAAGGGACUCAUCCAGCUGAUUUACCCCGCCGUCUAUGCGCUGCACACAGUGGACCCGGAGACGGACCUACCCACCGAGCCACUUGCACUGCCGCUCACCUCCGAGUGGUGGGAAUUCCACGGAGUCUAUCUCCUCCACUCAGGCGACGGCCAGCGGGUGUACAUCUGGGUUGGCCGUGACGCCGUUCCCCAGCUGGUGCGCGACAUAUUCGGGCCGGGCGUCGCGGGGUACGCAGAGCUGCUCAACGGGCCAGCGGAGUUGCCGGUGUUAAACACGGCGGUGUCGCGUGUAGCGCGGGGCAUCAUUGCGCGGCUGCGGGAAGGCAUCAACUGGCCCACAAUGCUUGUGGUGAAGGACGAGAAGGCAAUGCAUGAGUGGGUGGAGGCGCAGAGGAUGCGCGAGGAGGUGGUUAUGCUGCUUGUGCAGGAUCGUGUGGACGCGCCGCGCCCGGGGCUAAGGCAGGUGCUGGUCGGGGUACAUGAGCGGUUGCGGAAGGCGUAA